UACUUUAACUAUCUCGUACGUUGCAGCGCUUCUCUCCACACUUUUAUACCUCUCGUAAACACCGGUUACGACCACACACACACACCACACACACCACACACACACACACAACACACACACACACACACACACACACACAUAUACAUACACGCACGCACAUGCGCACACACUCACGCAUAUUACUCUUUAUUCCUCCUACCUACUCACUUUUUCUCCUCUUCCCAGCCACACUACGACCCUCCUACUCUUUUCCCUCUCUUGCUCUCCUUUUAUAUUUUACUCUAUCAGUAUAUAUUUGCACACACACACCACACACCACACAUGCACACGCAUAAACACACAUGUAUUUCACUAGCUCUUUCGGUCUCCAUUUUAAUCUCUAUAUUUCUAGCUCACUCUAUCUAUUUCUUCUUUCCGCUCACUUCACCCUCCCUCACCCUUUCUUCCUUUCUUUCUUUCAUUUUUUCUUUCUUCCUUUCUUUCUUUCUUUCUUUCUUUCUUUCUUUCUUUCUUUCUUUCUUUCUUUCUUACUGCCAGUCUCUCUCGCUCUCUCAAUCUUUCUUUUCUUUCUCUCUCUCUCUCUCAUCUUUCUCUCUACCCCGUAUCACUUACUGUCGCUCGCUUUGUGUGUUGAGGUGUCCUAACAAAAUAUAAUCGCUACAAUUCUGCAAUGGACGGAGCUGUGUAUGUGUACCCCCAAUACAGACCACCUGUGGCUUUACUUGGACCGGGUUCAUGUUUGGAUACUGGCAGCCGUUGUGCACCACCCGGACGAUCGAUCUGCCAAAUACCAUUUAGCGCGUGGAAACUCGAUGGGACUCGCUAUUCGUUUGAUAAACAUUGUCUGUCAUCGUUCUGUCCUCCAACCAUCCACCGACUAUCUUCAGCAGCAGAUGCGUUUCACAGGAGCGCUGCCUCAGCUGCUGCUGCUGCAGCCGCCGCCGCUGCUGCCGCAGUUAACAGUGCUGUUGGAGCAAGAACAGGAACUGUGACCAGUGGUGCCAACAGUGGAAAUGGCACUGGUAGUAUUGUUGUUGUUGGUGGCAGUGGCGCCGUAUGUAGUAACGGUGUAAGUAGUAGCAGCAACGGUGUCUCCCCUGGUGGCAGUAUUCCUGACGGUCCGUGCUACAACAUACAUGGAAAUACGGCCGUGAGUGUAGCAGCAAGCGCAUCUGCUGCGGCUGCAGCAGUAUCGAGCUUCAUCCCAGCUAUGGGUCACAACAGCCACGGAGCUGCGACCACACCAAGUCUCUUACAAGCAGCAGCUCAUCAACAGUUUUUACCCGACAGUAAACAUUCAGCCUUAUCUUUUACUUCAUCUUUACAAGGGCAUCAAAAAUUGAUCCAUCCUACUGAUCCUUUCCCUUCCAUGUUACCCGUUUUUACAGAUUCACUGACACAAUUGAACUAUGGCCGUAAAGUAUUCCCCUGUCCACAGUGUCGUUAUACAACUGACCGGCGAAACAAUCUCAAGCGGCAUAUGUUGACAAUGCAUCAAGCUUGCUCCAAACUUCUAGAAUGUUGCGGCAUCCUUUUUACAACGAAAGCAUCUCUUCGUGAACAUGCCAUGAUAUUUCAUUACCAUGGCUAUACGUGCUUCUAUUGCGGUCGGCGAUUUUGUCGAAAAGCCUUGCUUAAAAGACACCUGUCUGUUCAUAACGGUCAGAAAGAUUUUGUGUGUUCUGUCUGCGAUUAUGCUACAAGUCACAAAAGCAAUCUUGAACGACAUCGCAAAGUUCAUGUACGGCAAGAUGGAGACAAUAGCAAAGAUAGUAGUAGCGGUGGUAGUAACAAUGCUGGAUUAUGCGUAGCUAGUAGUAGUGCUGGAAGUGAUACUGGUGUAGGUCUCGGAGUUAGUGUUGGGGCUGCUACUAUUGACAUUUGUGGAGUUAGUGGUGUCAGUCUUAGCAGUAGUAGUAGUAGUACUAGUAGCAGUAAUAAUAGUCGCUACAAAAUAAAUGGUGGUAAUGGCGCGAGUGUAAUCGUUACUAAUUCCGCCUCUCUAUCUCACAGUAAUAACAGAAGUAAGGUCAACAACAAUGAACUGGUCGUGGACAGUCCGAACAGAAGCUACCUUACCAUACACAAUCCUCACAGCCUUCACAGUCAUCAACCAGACCCCAGUGAUGUAUGUUCUGAUGACGAUGUUUGUUCUGAGGACGAAGAAGUCGAUGUAAACUGACUAACCAAACGCAUCCACAUGUACUCACAUAUCUCCUUACAUACACACAUACACAAACACGCACACACACGCACACACACACAUACACACACAGAAUCACAUCGAAAUACAUGAAUAAGACUAUCUAUUGAACUAAUUAUUUAUAUAACUAAUUAUCAUACACUAUUGUUUGUCCUGUUAAAUAAUUAUUAUAUUUGGGAAAAUAUGAUUGCGGAUAUAUCUACAUGCAGAAUGAAUGCACAAUGCCAUUGCACAAACAUAUAUUAAUAAUAAACUAAAGACUUAUGCAGGUACGCACAUUCAUAAACCCCUGUACAAUCAGACGAAAUUGGAACUGUUUGGUAAUUAAUAAAAAGCAAUAAUAAUUUGAAAUAUUCUUCAGGUGGGGUUCUUGAUAUGACUCGAUAAAAUAUCGAAAAUGUGAACAUCUCAAAGAAUAUCUUCGAAAAGUAAAAGGUCUAUU